AUGGGUGCUUUCUCCAAAGCGACAUUAGCAUUGGCGCUGGCGCACUAUGCCACAGCCCAAUUUGUGCCUGCGCCGACGGACUUGAUCACGAAAAAGGGCUAUGCAGGUAUUGAUGUCCGGUACAAGGAGGUGCCAGCCGGUAUUUGUGAACAGGAUCCCGAUGUGAAGAGUUACUCUGGUUAUGCUGAUGUAGGAGAGAAUGAACAUAUUUUCUGGUGGUUUUUUGAGAGUAGAAAUAGUGAUCCUGAAAAAGCUCCACUUACCGUCUGGAUCAAUGGUGGACCUGGAUCAUCUUCAAUGAUUGGAUUGUUUCAAGAACUAGGCCCUUGCGGAGUGGACUAUGAUGGCAAUGUAUACAAUAAUCCGCACUCUUGGAGCAACGUCAGCAAUAUGAUUUUCAUCGAUCAACCAACAACCACUGGUUUUUCCUAUACAAUUCCUGUUCCAGGGUACACCGAUGAUAAUGGGUAUAUCAUUCAGCUGCCCGACAACACAUGCCCUGAUUACGCUGAAGCAUAUGGAACAUGCGGUACUUAUUCCAAGGCGGAUAUCAAGCUAGUCCCCAAUUCAACAGAGGGUGCUGCGCCAAAUAUGUGGAAGACAUUGCAAGGUUUCAUGGGAGCGUUCCCGCAGUACUCGCAAAAUGGCUUCAAUUUCGCAACUGAGAGUUAUGGAGGCCACUAUGGACCAGUCUUUACUACCUAUAUCCUUGAACAAAAUGCGAAAAAGGUCCCGGGAACAGUUCAAAUCGACCUUCAAAACGUCCUUAUCGGAAAUGGCUGGUUUGAUCCCCUGAUCCAAUACCAGGCCUAUUACAAUUUCUCCGUGUGGCCGGGAAAUACAUACGACUUCGACCCAUAUAAUGAUUCUAUCAAGGCAGAGUGGUAUAACAACCUCUAUGGAGAAGGCAACUGUGUUGAUCAGACCCUUGAAUGCUAUGCCACCGGACGAGAUGACAUUUGCUCCACGGCAGAUGAUUUCUGCGCUUAUGAGGUUGAAUUGAUGUACGACACUUAUGCCGGUCGUGACGAAUACGAUUUCCGUGAGCUCGAGUCUGACCCGUUCCCAUACGUCUUCUACGUGGACUACCUCAACUCUCCUAAGGUUCAGGCUGCUAUUGGUGCUUACCAGAAUUUCUCGGAGUCCUCUGAAACUAUCGGCAAUAGCUUCGGCAGUACUGGUGAUGAUGAUCGCAAGUCUGGCACAAUAGGCGAUGUGAAGCACUUGCUGGAGUCUGGUGUUCAAGUGGUAAUGUAUUUUGGAGAUGCUGAUUACAACUGCAACUGGCUGGGUGGACAAGUCGUUGCGAAAGAAAUAAAUGCUCCUGGAUUUGAGCAAGCGGGUUUCGUUAACCUCACUACCUCAGAUGGAAUUGUCCAUGGCCAAGUCCGACAGAGUGACUUGUACACCUUCAUUCGGAUCUACGAGUCCGGUCAUGAAGUUCCGUUCUACCAGCCCCUGGCUGCGCUUUCAUUCUUUGAGAGAGCCAUCUCUAGGAAAGACAUCGCGACCGGUAAACAGAGUGUCACUCAAUACGGGGGCUAUCACACGGUGGGAACACCGACGAGUGACUUCCGUGAGGGUAACAGUACCAUUGUCUUCGUGAAUCUCCCUGCCAAUGCCACAUACAACACCACUCUCAAUGGACCAAAUACUCCCUAUUAG